UAUGAUAGUUGCCUUGGCGCUGUUUGGUAUAUGGAGGGUUCAAGGCUCUGUUUAUGCUAGGAUGAUCUGAUCUAAUCUAAUCACUUCUGAUCUGAUUUAUUCUCUUUAUUUUAAACAAACAAAUAUCUGUGUCGUAUUGUCGGAUUGCGCCGAUGGUAAAUAAAAGGCUCUCUGGACACAGGAUCCUGUGCACACUAUUCUCUCUAUUUUGCUUUUUUUGGGUGGGGGGUGGAGAUAAUCAGCGUUAUGACUGGUGUGUGUGUGUGUGUGUGUGUGUGUGGAUUGUCAUCAACAUAUAGUGAUAGGUAUAUGAUAACGCUGAGAUAAAGGAUAGUGAUUUGUUAUUACAUAAGAAUUUCUAGGCCUAAAUCCUAUCUAUUGAUGAGGAGUGUCAUUGAAAAGGGGCGCAAGCGCGCGCGACCCCCCUCCUCUCUCUCUCUCUCUCUCUCUCUUUCUCUCGCUCGUCUCUCUCAUCUCCACACCCACCUCUCGACUGGGGGAAAGAAAAUCGAGAAAACAGGAAAGUCUAAAAGCAAAUAGUGCACGCGCCAAGCAAAAUCGUUCACUUCAAAUCAGAUCCGCGUCAUUCCGACUGAUUCAGGAGCCUUUUUAUAUAUUUAUAUUUUUUUAUUUUUUAAUGCACAGCCUCCCCCCCCCCAAAAGCAAGAAGGCACGCCCAGAGACGUUUUCGUUGUCGCCUAGACACCGUUUAACCCUUUCCUGUUCGACUGCUUACAUCAAUCUCGGUCUCGCGCUCGAUCCCGAAGUGUCGCGAAGCUUGGGGCGCGAGCGAGCGGCGGAUGGUUUCCGACCGAAGAUGCUGUUUGCAGAAGAGGAAAACCUGUGACGCGCACGCGUGCGCGCGCGUGUGUAUGUGUGCGGAGGAAACGGACUCCUGGUAAAAAUAGAAAAAAAAGAAAAGAAAAAAAAAGAAGCGAGGGAACAAAAUUAUAGGCUUUUUUUCUCCUCCUGCGCGGUGGAAAUGAACAGAGACGUCAACAUGGCGACAGCAGCUGCGCUCGUGCGCUCCGACACGAAGCCGUGGCACUGAAGCUCCCAGUGUGACCGUAGGCUAGCUGGUCCGGCUCCAGGAGCAGGAUGUCAAUAUGGCUGCCCAGCUGCUCGUUCCUCCCGGACCUGACAGCUUCCAGCCCUUCCUUCCAGAAUCCCUCGCUGCUAUCGAGCAGCGCAUCGCCGAGGAGGCGGCCCAGCGGUCCAAAGGCGAGAGGCGCAGUGAUGACGAUGACGAGAACGGGCCCAAGCCCAACAGUGACCUGGAGGCAGGGAAAUCCCUGCCCUUCAUCUACGGGGACAUCCCUCCUGGACUGGUGUCCGUACCCCUGGAGGACCUGGACACCUACUACAGCAACCAGACAACCUUUAUAGUAUUGAAUCGUGGGAAGACGAUAUUCCGUUUCAAUGCCACGCCUGCCCUCUAUGUCCUGAGUCCGUUCAACCCUCUGAGGAGACUCUCCAUUAAAGUGCUGGUGCAUUCGAUGUUCAGUUUUGUGAUCAUGUGCACCAUUCUGACCAACUGCGCCUUCAUGACGCUUAGCAGCCCGCCAGACUGGGCCAAGAACGUGGAGUACACGUUCACAGGGAUUUACACAUUUGAGUCCCUGAUUAAGAUUCUGGCCCGUGGCUUCUGUGUGGGAAAAUUCACUUUCCUGCGAGAUCCCUGGAACUGGCUGGACUUCAGCGUCAUCGUCAUGGCAUAUGUAACUGAAUUUGUGGAUCUGGGCAAUGUCUCUGCACUGAGAACCUUCAGGGUUCUGCGAGCACUCAAAACUAUUUCAGUGAUCCCAGGACUGAAGACCAUCGUGGGUGCUUUGAUCCAGUCAGUAAAGAAGCUGUCGGACGUGAUGAUCCUGACCGUCUUCUGUCUGAGUGUGUUUGCGCUAAUCGGCCUGCAGCUGUUCAUGGGAAACCUGCGGCAGAAGUGUGUGAGGGUACCGCAGUGGAACGACACGCAGAGCUCCACCGAGAACAACCUAACAGCAGCGCUCAACAUCAGCACAGGCAUCGAGCUGCUCAACACCACCAGUGCUUUUAACUGGACCGAGUACAUCAAUGACAAGAAUAAUUAUUAUUAUCUUCCCAACCGCAGAGAUGCCUUGCUGUGUGGGAAUGGCAGUGAUGCAGGGCAGUGUCCUGAAGGAUUUAGUUGUAUAAAGGCAGGGCGUAACCCCGAUUAUGGCUACACGAGCUUUGACACAUUCAGCUGGGCCUUCCUCUCCCUCUUCCGUCUCAUGACGCAGGACUUCUGGGAGAAUCUCUAUCAGCAGACCCUGCGUGCUGCUGGAAAGCCCUACAUGGUGUUCUUCGUGCUGGUGAUCUUCCUGGGAUCAUUCUACCUGGUGAACUUGAUUCUGGCUGUGGUGGCUAUGGCAUACGACGAGCAGAACCAGGCCACCAUCGAGGAGGCGCAGCAGAAAGAGGAGGAGUUUCAGGCCAUGCUGGAGCAGCUGAAGAGACAGCAGGAGGAGGCGCAGCAGGUUGCCGCGGCAGCAGCGACAGAGAGUGGGGAGUAUAGCGGCAGGGGCGGCCUGUCUGAGGAAAGCUCCUCCGGGGGCUCCAGACUCUCCUCGAAGAGCGCCAAGGAGCGACGCAACAGGCGCAAGAAGAGGAAACAGAGGGAGGAGGAGGAGGAGAAAGCCGACCAGGAGAAGUUCCACAAGUCCGAGUCAGAAGACAGCAUCCGCCGCUCGGGCUUUCGCUUCUCCAUAGACGCCAACAGGCUGUCCUACGAGAAGAAGUGCUCCACCCCGAAUCAGUCUCUCCUCAGUAUACGUGGUUCGAUCUUCUCUCCGAGGAGGAACAGCCGCGCAAGUCUGUUUAGUUUUCGUGGCCGAGCCCGGGACUUCGGCUCGGAGAAUGAUUUUGCGGAUGAUGAGCACAGCACGUUUGAGGACAGUGACAGCCGCCGAGGCUCGCUCUUCGUACCUCGGCGGAUCGAGAGGAGGAGCUCGACGGUCAGUCAGUGUAGCCUCACCGCUCCUCGGAUCAUGCUUCCGGCCAAUGGAAAGAUGCAUUGUACUGUUGACUGUAAUGGGGUCGUGUCACUGGUGGGCGGAGCCUCUGUGCCUACUUCACCGAUUGGCCGAUUGCUUCCUGAGGGCACGACGACAGAGUCAGAGGCCCGUAAGAAGCGGUCUGGGUCACGCCAGGCUUCUGAUUACCUGGAUGACGCUGCAGCUAGGAAAAGAGCUCUGAGCAUAGCCAGUAUUCUCACAAACACUAUGGAGGCAGAGCUGGAGGAGUCGAGACAGAAGUGCCCCCCCUGCUGGUACAAAUUUGCCAACAGCUUCCUGAUCUGGGACUGCUGCCCCCAGUGGCUGAAAGUGAAGGAGCUCGUCAACAUGGUGGUAAUGGAUCCGUUCGUAGACCUGGCAAUCACCAUCUGCAUCGUCCUCAACACCGUCUUCAUGGCCAUGGAGCACUACCCCAUGACUAAGGAGUUCAACGACGUGCUCUCGGUCGGAAAUCUGGUAUUCACAGGGAUCUUCACAGCUGAGAUGUGUCUAAAGGUCAUCGCCCUGGACCCCUACUACUACUUCCAGGAGGGCUGGAACAUCUUUGAUGGCAUCAUCGUGAGUUUAAGCUUGAUGGAGUUGGGACUGGCUAAUGUGGAGGGGCUCUCUGUGCUCAGGUCUUUCCGACUGCUGCGAGUGUUCAAGCUGGCCAAGUCAUGGCCCACUCUGAACAUGCUGAUCAAGAUCAUCGGGAACUCAGUGGGUGCCCUGGGCAACCUGACCUUAGUCCUGGCCAUCAUCGUCUUCAUCUUCGCCGUGGUGGGCAUGCAGCUGUUCGGAAAGAGCUACCGCGACUGCGUGUGCAAGAUUGCGGUGGACUGCGAGCUGCCACGCUGGCACAUGGUGGACUUCUUCCACUCGUUCCUGAUCGUGUUCCGUGUGCUGUGCGGCGAGUGGAUCGAGACCAUGUGGGACUGCAUGGAGGUGGCCGGCCAGACCAUGUGCCUCAUCGUCUUCAUGAUGGUCAUGGUGAUUGGGAACUUGGUGGUGUUGAACCUCUUCCUGGCCCUGCUGUUGAGCUCCUUCAGCGCUGACAACCUGGCCUCAACGGACGACGACAGCGAGAUGAACAACCUGCAGAUCGCCGUGGGCCGUAUCCAGAAGGGCAUCGCCUUUGUGAAGUCGACGCUGAGGCAGUUUCUGCAGAGCCUCUUCCUGGCCGGGACCAAACCUGGCACCCUGGACGAAGAGAAGCCCCUGGACGACCUGCACAGUGAUGGCAAGGAGAACUGCCUGGCCAACCAUGCACCCGUGGCGGUCGACCUUGGUAAGGACUUCCUCAAGGAGGGCUGCGUGUCGCCUAGCAACGGGGUGGAAAGCCACGGGAAGUACGGCAUCGAGGAAGGGGACUACAUGUCAUUUAUCCACAACCCCAGCCUCACAGUCACGGUGCCCAUCGCCGUGGGCGAGUCAGACUUCGAGAACCUCAACACGGAGGAUUUCAGCAGCGAGUCAUCUGACGUAGAGGGAAGCAAAGAGAAGCUUCCUGUGGACACGGUUCUGAGUUCUUCUGAGGGAAGCACGGUGGACAUCAGACCCCCGGGAGAGGGGGCUGAAUCGGUAGAGCUAGAACCAGAAGAAUCGCUGGACCCUGAGGACUGCUUCACUGAAGGCUGCGUGAUGAGGUUUCAGUGCUGUCAGGUGGACGUGGAGAAGGGACGAUGGAGAAACUGGUGGACUCUGAGGAAAACCUGCUUUAUCAUCGUUGAGCACAACUGGUUCGAGUCCUUCAUCAUUUUCAUGAUCCUGCUGAGCAGUGGUGCUCUGGCGUUUGAGGAUAUCUACAUAGAGCAGAGGAAGACGGUCAAGACAGUGCUGGAAUACGCGGAUAAAGUUUUCACUUACGUCUUCAUCCUGGAGAUGUUGCUGAAAUGGGUGGCUUACGGCUUCGUCAAAUAUUUCACCAACGCCUGGUGCUGGCUCGACUUCCUGAUUGUAGACGUGUCUCUGGUCAGCCUUGUUGCUACUGCUCUGGGUUACUCUGAGCUGAGUGCCAUUAAAUCACUGAGGACUCUACGUGCGCUGAGACCGCUAAGAGCAUUGUCACGCUUCGAGGGCAUGAGGGUCGUAGUGAACGCUCUGCUCGGUGCCAUCCCCUCCAUCAUGAACGUGCUGCUCGUGUGUCUGAUCUUCUGGCUCAUCUUCAGCAUCAUGGGCGUCAACCUGUUCGCUGGCAAGUACUACCACUGCGUCAACAGCACCACGGGCGACCUCUUACCCAUCAGCGUGGUGAACAACAAGUCCGAGUGCCUGGCGCUGGUCAACAGCAGCGCCCGCUGGAAAAACGUCAAAAUCAACUUCGACAAUGUGGGAGCCGGAUACCUGGCACUGCUACAAGUGGCCACUUUUAAAGGCUGGAUGGACAUCAUGUACGCCGCAGUAGACUCUCGCAAUCUGGAGGAACAGCCAGAAUAUGAAGUGAACCUGUACAUGUACCUGUACUUCGUCAUCUUCAUCAUCUUUGGCUCCUUCUUCACACUCAACCUCUUCAUUGGUGUCAUCAUCGAUAACUUCAACCAGCAGAAGAAAAAGCUCGGAGGUCAGGAUAUUUUCAUGACAGAAGAGCAGAAGAAGUACUACAACGCCAUGAAGAAGCUCGGCUCGAAGAAGCCACAGAAACCCAUCCCCAGACCUGCAAACAAACUUCAGGGCCUUGUCUUUGACCUGAUCACCAAGCAAGCCUUCGACAUCAUCAUCAUGAUCCUGAUCUGCCUGAACAUGGUGACCAUGAUGGUGGAAACCGACGAUCAGACGCAAGAAAUGGAUAACAUUCUGUACUGGAUCAACCUGGUCUUCAUCGUGCUCUUCACUGGCGAGUGUGUGCUGAAGAUGUUCUCGCUGAGACACUACUUCUUCACCAUCGGCUGGAACGUGUUUGACUUUGUGGUUGUGAUUCUGUCCAUUGUCGGAAUGUUCCUCUCAGAGGUGAUUGAGAAGUAUUUCGUGUCGCCCACCUUAUUCCGAGUUAUCCGGUUGGCUAGGAUCGGCCGUAUCCUCCGUCUCAUCAAGGGAGCCAAGGGUAUCCGCACCCUCUUGUUCGCCUUAAUGAUGUCACUUCCUGCCUUGUUCAACAUCGGGCUCCUGCUCUUCCUGGUCAUGUUCAUCUAUGCCAUUUUUGGCAUGUCUAACUUCGCCUAUGUCAAACGCGAAGCUGGAAUUGACGACAUGUUCAACUUCGAGACUUUCGGAAACUCCAUGCUGUGCCUCUUCCAGAUCACAACGUCGGCCGGCUGGGAUGGGCUUCUGGCACCCAUCCUGAACAAGCGGGAACCUGACUGCGACAGUGAGACUGAGCACCCGGGCAGCUCAUACCGUGGUGACUGCGGCAACCCAUCAGUGGGCAUCUUCUUCUUUGUCAGCUACAUCAUCAUCUGCUUCCUGAUUGUGGUCAACAUGUACAUCGCUGUCAUCCUGGAGAACUUUAGCGUUGCUACGGAGGAAAGUGCAGAACCUUUAAGUGAGGACGACUUUGAGAUGUUCUAUGAGGUGUGGGAGCGGUUCGACCCGAACGCUACGCAGUUUGUUGAGUAUGACAAGCUGUCAGAGUUUGCAGACGCCCUGGACCCACCGCUGCGCAUCCCUAAACCCAACAAGAUCCAGCUGAUCGCGAUGGACCUUCCGAUGGUCAGCGGAGACCGUAUCCACUGCCUGGACAUCCUGUUUGCCUUUACAUUGCGUGUGCUGGGCGAGGAGGGUGAGAUGGACGCGCUGCGUGGCCAGAUGGAGGAACGUUUCAUGGCCUCCAAUCCAUCCAAAGUGUCCUACGAGCCCAUCACCACCACCCUGCGGCGCAAGCAGGAGGAAAUGUCAGCCAUCAUCAUCCAGCGAGCCUUCCGAUCCUACCGCAUCCGCGCCAUGGUCAAGAAGGCGUCAGACAAGUACCGCCAGCGACUGGAGGACGGGGGUGAACCUCUGCCUGAGAAAGAGGUUCUCGUGAUCGGGAAGUUUCCAGAGAACUCGGCAUCAGACAAAACAGACAUGACCCCUUCUUCGGCUUCACCGCCCUCGUACAACAGCGUGGCCAAGUCAGAGAAGGACAAGUAUGAGAAGGAAAGGAGGGAGAAGGAGAACAGUACAAAAGACACACGUGAGAGAAAAAAAUGAAAUCCCGAGACUGUUCAGAGAGAGAAUGAAAUGAACGUGAUGAAGACUGCUCUUUAAAUGAGACACUGUUUACAGAUUUUAUGGGGAACAAAGCUAUGGACUUCCUUCGCAAAGGUUUUGGGACUCAUGCCAAACUGAGCGUGUGUGUGUGUGUGUGUGUGUGUGUGUGUGUGUGUGUGUGUGUUUGUGUGCGCGUGUAGGAUGCAUGGUGACGAGACAUGUUCAUGUUCAUGUUGUCAACACACAACACACCGCACACACUUCAGCACACACACGUACACAUCAGAAGAGUGACUGUUACUGUUAAGAAGGACUUGGGUGUGUGUAGAGCGAAGCUUUCGGAUGCGUCCUUUCAUUCCGAGUGUUGUCCAACAAUCCUGAGGACACCAGGAAACUGUUACACGGUCAUCAGUAGCUAGCACUGCCACUGCCACCGGUGUCCUUGUUCUCGAACGGCGUAUUAUGAUAUACCUGCACCUGUUUUUGUUACAUUCAUUCAUUUUUUUUAGAAUCAUGUCAAAAUUUUCUACUCAUUCUUUCGAUUGUGUGAACUGUUUCAUUAAAGCGCAAGUCUGUCGAGGGUGUGGUAAUGUAGAACUUUAGUUUAAAAAAAAAACAAAAAAAAAAGGGAGAGAUUUAACAGGUUAUAUGUUACCAGUUACGAGUUAUGUGAAAUAAAAUAGGCAGGAAGUAUCUGCUCUUGGUGAGCACAAUGUCCGUUUAGGGAUCAGGAUUUUUACAGCCACUGGGGUAGUGGGAAUGUUUUAUAUAAUUAUAGUUAUAGAUAGAGAUGUAUUGCAGCGCUGCCUUAUUUAUCAGAACAACAAAACAGACGAUUGAGAAAAUAAAAUAAGCAUGGGCAGGGGAAGUUGAUUGCAAAUCCACACUUUCUUUCUGAUUGGUGCAUGAUUGACGUACUUUCAGAAGCCUGAAUGUCCACUCUUGAACAAAAUUCCCCGGAAUAUCAUGCUACGAUGGUAAACAGAUCCACAACCUUUACUGAAUGUCUCCAUGCCAGAACGCCGGAUUUUUAAAGAAAAUCUCUUUCUUAAAUCUCUUGGUUUCUUGGUUUCAAAAGAGAGGUGACGUCUUUCUUCCAAAGUGAACAUUCUGUGCAGGGAAGCUGGUGGAUGACUUUGAGCUCGAAGAACAACAAUCACGAACCCCUUAAUGUCACGUGUGGGUUCGGGGCGAAUCUUUGCGGUUAUGAUCGGCUCUUCUGUUGAAACUUGUGGUGAUUCUGUCUGUACAUAUCGGCACUCUGUAUCUCACCUCUGUACUCGACACUGUAGAGGAGCACUUUUACACUGCCAUCUGGAUGCAUAUUAUCUACGUGUGUCUGUGUGAGUGUGUGUGUGUGUGUGAGUGUGUAUGAGUGUGUGUGUGAGAGAUAUAUAGUAUAUAUGUGUGAGACAGAGAGCUAGUAUAUGUGACUGUACUGGGACCAGCAUUGAUGUGCUUUCUUCCCAUUCUCUCGUUCAAUGUUUAUACUGUAAAUAGUAGUUUGGAGCUCAUGUUUCCUUUUUUUUUAAAUUAAUUAAUUGAUUUAUUUUGUUUACAUUUUUUGCACAGUGCUACAGUAUGUGUGAGGGCCAGGUCCCGGUUUUAAAUGUACAUAUAAAAUUUAUGAAGCAAUCAGUGGUCGUCAUAUUUCAUUCGUAGUGUUGUAGUAAACUGCAUGCACUAUACUAACCAACUACAUGGUGUCAUUAUUUUAAAAAGCCAAAAGAAUAAAGAUCAUAUUUUUUGUACCAAAGUAUACUUAAUUUCCUCAUCCUUAUAACUGUCACACGAUAUUCAUGACUAUCAUGAAGCCCCCACAAUGUACCAGAAAUUUUUAUCUCUAUCAACUGAGAAUUUUUUUUUGUUACAUUGAAAUGUUUUUUUUUUUUUUUUUGAAAAUGUGUGUUCAGAAUGUGCAAAAUGACUUUUAUUCCUUUGAAUCGGAGCAAAAAGGUUUCUGACGUACACUGUAGUUUUCCAAAAUAAAGCAUAUUUUGGGAAGCCGAUACCUUUGAAAGUCUAAGAAAUGUGUUUGAUUUAUAAAAGCAGAAUUUGUGAAUGUAUGCAUAAAUGCAUAGAAUAUGUAUGAGGUUCCUGAUGUUGGAUUUUUUUUUAUUUUAUUUAUAACUAAACUGGGGAAAUUGGAGUAAGAGGAGGACUAAAGCACAGAAUCUACUGGAUGAAUCAUUUGGCGAUUAGUGAUCAAUGAUUCAUAAUUGAAUCAUUCUUUUUUGAAAUGACUCCAGAAGUGUUUUAUUCCUCUUAUACCACAGCAAUUUGCCAACCCUAACAAUUUGUAAAAUGUAUUAAAGAACAGUUUCAUGCUUUUUAUCCAUUUAUAGUUAUGUUUAAUGCUGGGUGUAAGAGUAAAGCACUUCAACAUACUGGAUGAAUAAUUUAAUAAUUAGUGAUCAGUGAAUCAUGAUUGAAUUAUUCUUUUUGAAACGACUCCCAAAAUGAUUCAUUCCUGUUAUACCACUGCAAUUUGCCAAGCUAGGUUUUAUUAAUUUAUUAAAAAUGACAUGCCAUAUGUUUUAUCCAUUUAUAGUUACAUUUAGUGUUAUUCUUUUUUAAUUAAGGCUGUUACCACAUAAAGCUGAUUAUUUAUUACAAAUAACACCAUUACUAUUUAAUUCCUCUUAUACUGCAAUUUGCCUACACUAACCAUUUUUUUCUUCAUUAAAAAACGGUGUCCUAUUUUUUAUCCAUUUAUAGUUACAUUGAAUGCUUUGAGUACAAGUAAAGCACAUCAGUCUACUGGAUGAAUCAUUUGCUAACUAGUGAUCAGUGACUCGUGAAUAGGUGAAUUGAUUUGCAAGCCUGUGUCUGUUGAAAGUAACACAACCUUGAUUUGCUCAGGAGUCACACCACCCCGUCAUUAACGAUUCCCCCGUAGAAUAUUAUUCCUCUUAUACCACAGCAACAUUCCUUUCUGUAAAGGAAGGGAAUCAGUAAAUCGAAUAAAUCAAAAGACCCGCAAUUUUCUGGAUUCAGUCUGACUCCCGAGUAAUACCUGUUUGGAAUGAGCUGCAGUAAUGAGAUUUCCAGCAGACUGAAAUGUUCUUACUCUCUGCUCUCUACUGGAUGGCAUUUGUUUGGAUCUUUACCUCCCACACUGAGGAUGUUUGUUGGGUUUCAGACAUUGAUGGUGUUUGGAGGCUCAUUAGUCUGAAUUCUGAGGAGCUGUUCUGACCUGUGCUGUAAUGAGGCCAUGCCAGACACUACCAAUAAGUCUGUGUGCACAUUAGAAAGAGGUGAGGUUGUGCUUCAUUAUCAAAUAAGUCUGUGGAUUGACUGUUUCAGCUAAGCACCAUUUAUUCAAAGCUUAAUAACAUUUAAAGCCUAAUAAACAGCUCAUUUCCUGAUUACUAUUUAAUGAUAGCUAAUCAUUGAUUAUAAUUUUUUUUUUUUUGAAAACCUACACAUUUAGCAUGUGACAAAAUCUUGCUCACAAAAGAAGUUGUGGUUUUUGUGCUCUGAAUUAGUGUGAGGAUAAAAGACGGGCGAAAUUAAAGCGAGAUAGAAAGCUGAAAAAUAAUAAUAUGGGCUGAGAGCGAAGUCACAUGGCAACUUUACCUCAGGUUCAACUGCUUUUAACAGCCUGUGUGUUUGUGUGAUGGAGAGAGGAAACACUCUGUAAUCAGGAGUGACCCUGCUGGAGGUUCUCUCCGCCUGUUGCCUAGCAACCUGACAUCACCACACUGCCCAACAGGUUUUU